AUGUGCCAUGUGCCGUAUGCUAUGUCGUGUGCUGCGUGCUGUGCUCUGCGCGCUGGCGCAUGCGCGCGAGGACGGCGUGCUCGUGGAACGGCGCCUCUGCCAGCAGAGGCGCUUCGAGGACGGCGGCGUGCUGCGGGGGUUAGCGUGGCGAGACGAGUGGGAGGUGUACCGCUGAGGCAGCCGAGUGGAAGACGACGAGCGCCGAAAGGAGCUUCUUGGAAGCCGGCGCAUCACGAACGAGGACGUGCUCAACAGGGCCGAAGCGAAGAAAGAGGUCGAGGAGGGCCUGCUUGUCGAAGGAGAGCGGCACAGCGGGCGCAGGCGGCGCAGACGGGGGCGCAGCGCCCUCGGCCUGCAGCGCAGCCAGGCGCUGCCUACGGAGGGCAAGGCCCUCCUGCUGGAGCUUACGGAGGGUCUCGUGAAGGGCGCCAUCAGAAGCGGUCUUCUGGGCCUUGGCACGGGUCUCGCGGCGCUCGAGGUCAAGCACCAUCUGCUGCCUGUGAAGGUCGAGGGCUUCGUGCUUGCGCUUCUUUGCGAGCAGAGCCUCUCGAGAGCGGUCGUACUCGGAGCGGGCGGCGGGGUCGCUGA